GCUAGGGUUUCUUUUGUGAAAAUUUCUUUUCAACAAUCUGAGACACUGUUUACUCAGAACUUACAACCAUGGUCCUCUGCUUUAUUAACUUUGCUCAUGCAACCAGAAUCAACUCUUAUUUUGUCCAAUGUCAUUUUGACACUUUCUAAUAUGUUUGGAAAAACAAUUAACAAACCAGAAUUACAAAGGGAGGUAACUUCACACCAAGUUCCUUGUUUUAAUACAACUCUCUUAAAUCUAUCUGAAAAUAAAGAACUUUUGCCCACAAUAUUUGAUGCAUUAUCCCAUGUCCUGGAUGGAACUUUUGAUCAUGGAUCAUCUGUUGUCCAAUCUGCUGCUAAUUGUCUUGCGAGUAUAAUAAAUACAGGUGGCAAAACCAACUCAUUUGCUCAUUGGAAGUCAAUUUCAUUAAGAUUAAUUGGAUCAUUAAAUUUCCUGUUGGAUCGAUUAUUUGAUACGAUUGAUGAAG